AUGUUGAAGGCAAUCGAAGGAGCAAAGGGAUCGAAGAUAGCAGAAAGCCUCUCGUGCUUCACUGUGGGGUCCACUGUGCGUUGCAAGACCUGCUCCGACGAGGAAGUAUUGGGCAAGGUGGUGGCCUUCGAUGCCGGCACCAAAUUGCUAAUGCUGGAAGCUCCCAUUAAGAAGCGUGGUGCCAGUGGCCGGAUGCUUUGUGAGAGGAGCAUCGUGAACUUGAACUUUUGUAUUGAUUUGGAGGUCGUCGAGGAGGUCGCGAUGCCGAAAAAGAUCCCAGUACCGGACGCCCUCGACCUACAGAAGCUGCAGAAGCGUUUUGACAAUGCCGUAAAGCAGAGGCUCAAGUUCCUCAAGAGCUACCAUCCGAAAGUCUCGCCCAUGGGCACGGCAAUUUAUUGCCAAUUUGCCAAUUAUUUGGGCGAAGAUCAGGUGUCCUGGCUCGAGGAGGAUACGAAAAUCUCCAUCUUUGUGAAGCAGCAGGUGAUCAUUGACCCACCCUAUGGUGUGGCCAAUAUCAAUACUGCUACCGAGGCGACCAAGCUUCUGACAUAUGUCCAGAGGAUUGUGCAGGAGAUCAAUUCUCAAAAUUAAGUAAAACACACCACAAGAGAGUGCGACUCAACAACAACAACAAAUAUUUGAAAAAACUUUGAAAUAUCUACACUCUACACCCCACAUAGACUUUGCGUUAAGAAAACACAUCUUAAAUAUACUUUUAAUUGCUGAUGACGAAGAUAUACCAAAACAAGCAUACUCUGCAUGACAUUUAUAAAAUACUACAACUAUUA